GCCAUGACCCGCAUGCAGAGAUUUCUCGCUGUUUUCGGGCUUAUCGCCCUGCUCUCACAUGCAGCUGGCCAGGAAGAGGAGGAUGAUGUACCCGACGACCAUGAUAUUGAGGAGGAAGCCAUGACUAAAGAGCAGCUGAGGGCCCUGCAUGCCAAGUUCGACCAGAAUGGGGAUGGCAAGGUCUCCCUGUCCGAGGUCCUUGAGUUCGCCAAGCACAUGAGCAAGGCCAUUGCGGGCAAAGACGUCAAUGCCAUCCUAGACGAGAUCGAUACCGACAAGGACGGCAAGCUCUCUCUCGACGAGCACCUCAAUGAUUUGCACUCACAGGCUGACGGUGGUGAUGAGGAGGAGUUGAAGGAGCUGGAGAGGCGCAAAGCCAUCGAAACCGAGAAGUUUCUUGCAGCUGACGAGGACAAGGACCAGGCCCUGAACGCAAAAGAAGUGGUUUCCCUCUUCUACCCGGAAACGAACCCCGCCGUGCUGGAUGUAGUGGUCCGGGACACUAUGAAGAUGAAGGAUGCUGAUGGCGACGGCGUGCUGACUCCAAAAGAGUUCUGGGAGUUUGGUGAGGAAGACGUGGAAGAUCAGCUAUCAGAGGAGGAGAUCAACGACUUCAAGAAGCUUGACAAGGACCACAAUGGUGUCUUGAAUCUGGAAGAGCUGAAAGCCUGGGAGUCGGGCGUGUUCCACACAGAGGCAGCUAUGAUCCGCCUCCUGCAGAUAGCGGAUAAGGAUGGAGAUAUGAUGGCAACAGCAGAUGAGCUGGAGAACGCUCGCGAGGAGCUUGCUGCCAGUGAUGCUCAGUAUCACCUGAUAGAAUGGGCUGAGCACCAUGAGCUGUGA